CAGCUUCAGUGAUUUUGACCUCGGUGGUGAGGGGAGUGAAGACGAUUUGAGAGAGGAUGUUCUGUUCGAGAUAGACUCUGAUUUGGUUAAAAACACUGACGACGACGUGGCGGAGUAUUCGCCUGUGCCAACAUGGGCGUACUGUAUAGCAGCAAUCAUGCUCGUAGGCGGUAUACUUUCGGCGGGUAUGCUGAUCACCGGCACUGGCUCUGUGCGCGAUGCUACGGCCAAUCUCAUGCAUGUACACGACGUUCACAAGACAUCCAGCGAUGUCGAUGCUUCAACAUUUACAGAUGGGGCGGUCAAGCACGUAGUCUUAUUUUUGGGAGACUACAAUGAUCGGUACGCAGUUAAGGAGUUCUGUGGCAAAGUGAUGAAGAGGCGGAUGCAGAGUCAGAAACACAUACAGAAGGCUCUAAAGCGAGAGUAUAAAGAGGCUCGAGAGGAUAUCGUGGACAGUCACAAACAGAGCAGCGCGUAUAUUCCCGAUGUCGAUUUCUUGUCUUCUAUACAGUUGGACUAUUGUGAUAAUAACUUUGCCGUGAUCGCAUCGGUGAUGAACAAGUACGGGAUGUCACCGACGGGCCCUUGGUACGGCUCAAGGGCUGAGAAUAUGCUCAAACUUCCAGCCCCAAACUCUGCGGCGCAACAUUAUGCUCUUCUUAUUGGCCCUGCGAUAAAAGCUCUCGAGAUGCUGACAGGAAAUCGCGUAACACACGUGGUAGCAUCUUCGAAUUACUACGAUAUUGGGCGCACGUACGUGUGGGAGUCGCAUUUUAAUGCCGAUGAGAACGAUUUCUGGUCGCACACGGUCAUUCCCCAGUGGAAAGCUCACUGGCAAGGCUUUGUUGACUUUGCGACAUCGCUCGUACCCAACGAUGAGAUCCUGUGGCACACAUCCAACAUGCCUCUUUGUCCAGACGAAGCUGCGCCAAACUCUUUCGUGAGCCCAUGGCUUGUACAGUGUAAGAGAGUUGAUGAACUAAACACGGCUGUGCGACAGACCAUCGGCAACAAUCCGAGAGUGAAAUUGCUUGACUUUGAGGAAUCUCUCAAGCUCGUACAGCCGAAUGAAUAUCUAUUGAGCGAUAAGGAGCAUUUGAACCGAAAAUUUCUCGCAAUUCUGAUGCAGAAUUGUCUCACAGCCCUGGGCCUGAAUAUGAGGUUCGGCUAAUAGA